AGUUUCCCGGCUAAUUCUAAUUCAGUAGCCAUUUAUUGCCAGUAACUUGCAACUGUAAUCGUCCGCCUGUCGCCUCGCGGCUCGGCGCACCUACGCCGGUUUCAUUACCUCGCCAUCGAGGCACAGCCGAUAAUUCGCGCAAUAAUUGGAAAACGGCGGAACAGUGAAGAACCGUUGCGCUCGUUUUCGCGCGCGCGGGAGAGCUUGCAUACAUACGCGAAAUCCGCUCGCGCGCACUCGCGAGAAUCGAGGAAGUAACGUCGAAGCGACUCUCUCUCUUUUUCUCUCUCGCGUAGCCAUCGCGCCAGCGUCCUCGGGAACUUUAUGGCUCAUGAAUGAAACAUGGGCCUAACCGUACAUUCGCGAGUCCUACGUGUUGCAACGGUGGCUUAAUGUAUGCCGCGAUCGCGAAAAAUGGCGAACCGAUAAAUGGAAUUAAGGCGGGGAUCCAGGCGUCGUUGUCUCUGUGUCUCGUCUUGAUAGCGUGGCGCAACGAAGAAGACACGACAACGACGACGACGACGUUUGCAACCGGGAGCGGUUGCGACAUGAAUCGCCGAUUCCACGACGGCGCUAAGAGCUUUCGCAAUCUGGCGCGCAGACAGUCGCCGUCGUCGAAUAGGGCGAGGAGAGCAAGCGGACGAGUCACGAACGAUUCAGGAACGAGUCGUGGAUCGAACGCGGACGAAGAGAGCAGUGAAUUAGCAGAGCGAAACAUAACAUCGCACGAAAUGAUCGAGUUGUUCGAAGCGAAGUAAGCAACGUCUGAACGAGAAGAAGGCGAGUUGCAUCGAAACGACCGUGACAAAGUGAUUUUUCAACACGUUACAAGGCCCUCCGAUGUCCCAGUCGAUCGACUCGCGUCUCAACGAGGAUACGGGGUGAAUUAGGUAUAAGGACCGAUAGGGCCCACCCGGCCGACCUCUCGUCCUCCUCGGAAGCGAGUGUCUCUGGUCGUCGUAAAGAGCGCGGCCGGAGCUCUCUCGCCUCGGCCCGUUUAACCGCUUAAUGGCGGGUCAAGCGGCAAUAACGCCGCCAAAUAAUCAUAAAAAGGCGGCUGGUAGCAAACGCGGAACCCCCCGCCGAGCUCGUAGCGCCGCUGCAGCGUCACAUUAACGUUCUCGACGGCGACGACGUAUCUUAUGCCGGAUUUUCAUGGGGAUGUUCUUCACAAUGCGUCCAUGAAAUCAUUUCGCCAAUUUUCUAUGCAUUCUUCAAUUAAAUCUUUUUUUUGCAGCUAAGGAUAUUUCGAAAAAUGGCAAAGUGUGUAUACAGAAAAGUUCCAUAGCAAUUGAGUAAGCAAUAUUAUGAAAUUAAUAAUUCACUCGACGCAUAUCGAGUAUGUAAAACUAAAGUAUGAGAUAAUCUACCACUUGGAAAUUCACUUGGAAUGAUCUAUGCUGACUUUGACUCUGUUCGGUUGUGUUUUAUAGGAUCCUCUCGCCGCCAUCGUCUCUACCGCCAACGAAGAACGAUCGAGGGGAAGCGAGGGGAAACGAGGAAACGAGCGAGCGAUUCAACGGGAGGAAACGAAGCGUGGCAGUGACUGCAGCACGCGGUGGGCCAGGAAAAUCACGCUCGACCCUCGGCCCUGACCCAUGAGGCCCGCGCAGUAGCGGAGGAGACGCCGUGCUAAAGACGAGAUCUCGCUGAUGGUGUAUCCUUCGAUGGUGGCACGACGAACGUUCACGGACGAAGCAGCGAGAUAGCCUCGCGCGGAUUAAUUCCUCUAAACACCGCCGGUCGGACAGCACUCGCAACAGGGACGACAGGAUUACUUAACGUUGAGUUCUGCGGAUCUCAUCGAGUAGUGAUACUGUACAAAUCGCAUAAAAGAUCAUUAAAACUGACGCUAAUAAUAAAAAGAUUAGAUAAAGAGAUAAAACGAAAGUAACGGAAGCCUCCAAAGAUUCCAGCGAGGACGAACGGUCUGAUGCACGGAGAAAUCAAUGAACAACCGAUUCGAGGAACGUGAACGACGACGCAACCCGCAAUCAGCGGAAUAUCUCGCACGAGU